CAUGUGGCCAAGUCCCGGUUCAAGCGGCUUUUUGAGAGGCAGUUUCCAGGCCUUCUGAGGAAUUUGUCUGCAGAGAAACCUUCUGAGGAGCCGAAUUGCAGUAAAGAUGUUUCUGAUGAUUGCGAACCUAGCUCUGUUUGCUUGGCUAAGAUGGUCCAGAGUUUCAUUGAGGAGGGUGAGGAGAAGCAUCGAUGCAGCCGGAAUCUAUGAUAUGGCUUCAACAGAUGCUGUACAGACUCAGAGGAAGAAACCUCUGACUCCUGCAAUUGCUUCGGCGAAAGCAGCAAUAACUCCUCUGGAGAUGCAUGUGAAAUUCUGAAGAGUUUGGUUCCGUGUGCCAUCCUCUCAGAGAGGAACCUAUUGGCAGACACCACUAAGCUAAGAUCAUUGAGAAGAACAAGAUGAGCAAGCGCAAGGAUAGUGUAUGCCGAAAGACCAUAGUGGAAAGCCUUGUAGCUCUGGGAUAUGAUGCUUCGAUCUGCCAAUCUCGCUGGGAGAAAUCUCCACAAGUCUCUGCUGGUGAUUAUGAAUACAUUGAUGUUAUAUUUGAAGGAGACCGGUUGAUAAUAGACAUCGAGUUCAGAUCAGAGUUUGAAAUAGCCAGGUCCACUAAANAUCGAUGCCACAUCUGAAAAGGAAGAACGUCCUUCGAACCUCAAAGAGGGGAAUCUAUGUAAAGCCACUGACUUGAUGAUAGUGGGAGUGCCUAAGCCAUGUGGUAACAACGGACCUGAGCUGAUAUUUGGAGAGGAAACUUCUUCCAUUCCGAAUAACACCUGCAGCAGUGUUAAUGUGUUUAUGAAGUCCAACUGUGUUGGCGAAGAAGAUAAACAACAGAUGGAAAUUGCUGAGCAACCUGAGGCUAAAGCUAACAGUUUACAUGUGGGAGUGAAGAAAAUGACCGGUUUAUCUUCUUUGAUCGAUGAGAAGCCUUGAGGUUAUUUUACCUUCCCCUGAGCUUUUCCUUAUGUUUUGUGAUACUAAUAAAAACUUUUGUUCUUGUGUUUAUUCUACCCCUUGGUUAUGGCAUCUGGGGCUGUGACAAUACAAUCUUCGAGUCGGUCGUUGGCCCAAGUAUGUCUCCAUUGAGUAAAGAAUGCCCUUCGCCUUUUAAUGUAAGGGCACUAAGGACUAAGUGCUGACGAGCAAAUAUGCGCAAUACAACCAGUAGUUGUAGAGAACAAUAUAUAUAGUGUAACUCAUAUUUUGAUGAUCUCCUCAAUAAAUAUUUACCUUAAUA